AGAAGAAGAAGAAGAACGUGGGUAAAUCUCCUUUCCCUUCUCUCCAUGCGGGAGGAGGGACGAUCGUGCUUCAGCAAAUCUUCCUGAAUUUGGACCGAAUGUUGUGAAUCCUCGACGCCCCUGAUCACGACUUUAGUGAACUAUUGCCUCAUUCGUGCAAUCUUCGUGCCCGGUUGGAGUCGUCUCGUGCACGUUGAAGCUUAGCUUGCUAACAAAGAGACGCGCUUGUGAGCAACACACGCAGAGAUCAAGCGUGAGAGCAGAAAGUGUUCUGAUCGUCGUGUGAAAAUGAGUGCAAGAAGGACGCCAGAGUACGAGGAGGAACUUGGGUGCCCAAAAGAGGAGAACGAGCCGGAUCGUCAACUACUGGACGCUGCGUUCAAUCUGCAGCAUCGAACUGUGUUACGCGGAGCAGACAUCACUGAAGAUCUUCGUACUGAGUGGCAGGAGCCAAAGCCCCCUCACAUUAAAGAGGAAGAGGAGCCCAUUUUGAUUAAAAAAGAGGAGGAAGAGGAGGAUAUCACCAAGUUUCCACAGACUGGUGUCCCUUUGAAGGGUGAAGAUGAAGGUCAAAGUGAGGAGAGCAGAGGGGCGGAGCCUCCAAGCAGCAGCUCAACUCAUCACAUGAGAACAGAAGCUGAGAGAGACCACUGUGGAGGCUCACAAGCAGACGGCCUCUUAGCUCCACUAUCAGAUAGUGACGACAUGUCACACCCUCCUCACACUGAUGAAAAUCAUCAUGAUAAACAGUCUGAAAGUGCUAUAAUAUGUCACACUGACAACAAACGAUGGAAAUGUUCGCAGUGUGGGAAAACCUUUGCUUAUAUAAGUAGUUUGAAACAACAUGUGAGAAUACACACUGGAGAGAAACCUUUUGCCUGCUCAGUUUGCAGUAAAAGAUUUACACAGAAGGGAUAUUUAAAAAAACACACAAAAUCCCACAUCGGUGAGAAACCUUUUUCCUGCACAGUUUGUGGUCAAAGAUUCUCUGUGAAUGAAAGCUUAAAAUUACACACAAGAACCCACACUGGUGAGAGACCUUUUUCCUGCUCAGUUUGUGGCCAAAGAUUCACUCAGAAGGGCGUUUUAAACAGACACACAAGAACCCACACUGGUGAGAAACCUUUUUCCUGCUCAGUCUGUGGUCAAAGAUUUUCUGUGAAGGACAGCUUAAAAUUACACACAAGAACCCACACUGGAGAGAAACCUUUUCCCUGUUCAGUUUGUGGUCAAAGAUUCACUCAGAAGGGACACUUAAAAAUCCAUGCAAUUAUCCACACUGGUGAGAAACCUUUUUGCUGCUCAGUUUGUGGCCAAAGAUUCACUCAGAAGGGAGAGUUAAAAAGACACACAAGAACCCACACUGGAGAGAAACCUUUUUCCUGCUCAGUUUGUGGUCAAAGAUUCUCUGUGAAGGACAGCUUAAAAUUACACACAAGAACCCACACUGGAGAGAAACCCUUUUCCUGCUCAGUUUGUGGUCAAAGAUUCACUCAGAAGGGACACUUAAAAAUGCACACAAGAACCCACAGUGCCACGCACCUGCCUCCAAUCAACCCUCAUCACCACCUACAUUUAAGCCUGCUUGUUCCCGGAAAUCCUCGCCAAAGUAUUGCAGCCUAUCCUAGUGGGACCACGGCCCACCAGACUCAUGUAAGCUACCCAAUUCCUUGUUCCCUUGUUAACUCUUGUCUCCUCGUUCCCAGUGUUCCUGACUCACGCCAUUCCUGCCAGCCCCCUGUUCUGUCCACUGCCUGCCACCUGUUCAUCAUUUUACAUCAGUCCCCGCCUGCUCUUGGGUUCAGCUACUUCCCACACCUGACACAUAUGAUGUUGUUCUGAAGCCAAUAUUCCAAAAAAGAGAGAUUUGCGCUAAUACAAAAUGUCCUUGUUAGUCCAAAUCAAAUAUUUAUGGAGUGAAAAACUAUGUUCAUAUAUGAGAUAUAUGGCGCUACAGUCAUAAACCAAGGACCCCCUAUAUUUGUUUCCUAUUUGUGCACGACUCACCCAUUAUGAAUCCAAGACCCACUUUUGGGUCCCGACCCACCAGUUGAGAAUCUUGCACGAGACCACUCCAGGGGCCUCAUGUAGAAAAGGUGCGUACGCACAAAAUGAUGAUGAUGCACUGGCAUGACGAGUGGACUUGACUGACUCACUUCCAUUGAUGGCGGCAUCCAAGAUGUCCACCAUGUUGACGUGGAGGUGCCUUUGAAGCAGCGGUGAGCCAUCAGGGCCUGCGAGGACGAAACACGUUCACAAGCAUUGAUCCACGUUUACCAUUCAGCGGAACUUUGACUCAAGAAUGUCCUAAUUUAUGAACGAGUUAUUGUAAUUACCAGUCGGUUGAUUUGUUUUGCUUUGUGUUGGGAGGAAAAAUUGGACUUAGGAUACAGUAGAAUUAAUUUAUUUGAUAUGUAUGUCACGAAAAACAUUGAAUGAACCAGAUGCAUUGCUUUCAGUGUUUUAGCAUGAGUGCUAAUUAUGAUCACUUCUACGCAGGAGGUUAAUUAGAAGGUCGAAAAAAUACAAGGAGGUCGAUAGGGUGAGCGUUAGUUGCUCAGCAAUAAAGUUUUCAAGCACUUUGGAGACAAGUAGAAGGAUGGCAAUGGGCCUCUAGUUGCCAUUUUCCACAUUUGUGGGAAUUCCUUUGAUCGUACUGAAAGGUUAAGAAGAUGCGGAAUGGGUUCUGUUCGAUGAUUCUGGUACUUUUUUAUGAUAUUAUUAUUUUACUUUGAUUAUUGCGACAUUAAGAUUAUGGAUGUCCAUUGAUGUUGAGUGUUUUUGUGCCUGGUGAUUGGCUGUUGUGAUGUCAGCAAAGCUGAAAGGACAAAGGAGCAAAGGGACACAAGCGUGGGCUCAAGUCUGAGAGUCUGUGUGUGGAGUCCUGUCCUUCAGCCUGCCAAGGACACCAGACUACGAGGAAGACCUUUGGGGGACCAAAAGAAGAUAACAGGCCACAACGUCAACAACUGGACGCUGUUUUCAUUCUGCAGCCUCUCAUUGUGCUGUUGAGCAGACAUCACUGAAGAUAUUCGUACUGAGGGGCAGGAGCCACAGCCCCCUCACAUUAAAGAGGAAGUGGAGGACGAAGAGGUCCACCGCAUCAAAGAGGAAAAGAAAUUGCAGCCCACUCCCAUUAAAAAAGAGGAUGCAGAAGAGCACCCCCACAUCAAACAUGAACAAGAGGACACCACCAAGUUUCCAUCGACUGGUGUCCCUUUGAAGAGUGAAGAUGACGGUCAAAGUGAGGAGAGCAGAGGGGCGGAGCCUCCAAGCAGCAGCUCAAAUCAACACAUAACAACAGAAGGUGAUGGACACCACUAUGGAGGAUCACAAGCAGUCGGGCUCUUAGCUCCACUGUCAGAUUGUGAUGACACAACAUCAUACCCUCCUCACACUGAUGAUGAUGAUGGACAGUGUGAAGGUAUAUGACAUGUCACAUUGAAAACAAACGAUGGAAAUGUUCUCAGUGUGGGGAAAUAUUUGCUUUUCAGAGCAAUUUGAAACAACACAUGAAAAUACACACAGGAGAGAAAGACUUUGCCUGUGCAGUUUGCGGUCAACGAUGUUGUGAAAAGGGAAAGUUAAAAAAAAUAUAUAUUUAUAUUUUAUUUUUUUUAAUCAGUUUAUUUGAAAGGGUACAAUGCAAUUUCAUAAAACACAUGAAGUACACAUGGUUAAAAAAGCCAGAAUUAGCCAGAAGGCUAGUUUUCAUCUGUAGUCCCCUGGCCAUGAUGUAAAAAAGCAGUAAAACACAUCUACAAGACAAAAUAAUACAGGAUACAUAAUCAAAGACUUACUAUACUAUUAAGAGAGAAUAAAACCACAAAUCAAUUGAUCAUAACAAAAAUUCAUCAUAACAUACUUGUCUUUUAGUGUUGGCAGGUAUAGGUGUUAACUAGCCACAUUUUCAGUUUUUUUUUUGUGAAGGCCUUGUAUGUUGUAAGCAGUUUAACCUCCUUCCACUCACCAGCGCUCCUCACUGACCAGGCUGACUUACUGAAAGUGCUCCUGAGCAAAGGAAUGAUACAGUCACCUCUGACAGAGCCUCGAGUGACACGCUCAGAGCUGUUUCUUUGACUGAUGAACUCAGCCAGAGGAGAUGGACCCAAAUCAUGCAGUACUUUAUAAAUCAAAUUUAAAUCUGCAAAUAUGUGAAGACUGUCCCUGUUUAAAAGACUAAAUUGCACUGUGAUGAUAGUGCCUGGCUGCACGGUGGCCGACUGGUUAGAGCGUCAGCCUCACAGUUCUGAGGACCCGGGUUAAAUCCCCGGCCCCACCUGUGUGGAGUUUGCAUGUUCUCCCCGUGCCUGCGUGGGUUUUCUCCGGGCACUCCGGUUUCCUCCCACAUCCCAAAAACAUGCAUUAAUUGGAGACUCUAAAUUGCCCGUAGGCAUGACUGUGAGUGCGAAUGAUUGUUUGUUUCUAUGUGCCCUGCGAUUGGCUGGCAACCAGUUCAGGGUGUACCCCAACUCCUCCCCGAUGACAGCUGGGUUAGGCUCCAGCACGCCCGCGACCCUAGUGAGGAGAAGCGGCUCAAAAAUGGAUGGAUGGAUGAUAGUGCCUUGGUUAUUUAUCCAUCUACUUUAAUUACUUGUUUGUACAAAACUUCCAAUGGUUUUUUUUGCAUUCUGACCAGCCUGGGACCAAGUGGUAAUGCAAUAGUUGAAGUGACUAAGAAUCAUUGAAUCCAAUACAUUUUUGCGGCUUCUGUUGACAUUUCAUUUCGAAUUGCACAAAAAAAAUAUUUUUUAAAUUUUGGUUUAAUUUGAUGUUUUUACACAAUUUGUCAAUAUGGGCUUUAAAGGAAAGCUGUGAAUCUAUUAUUAACCCAAUAUAUUUGUAUUGGCUGACAAUUUGCAUUUUUUCCUCCAUUAACAUGUAUGUCGGGGUCAGGUGAUACGCUAUUUGUUUUAGUGAAAUACAUGCCUACAGUUUUAGAAACGUUUAGCUGUAGACAGCAGUCCUGCAACCAAGUUGUGACACAGGACAUUGUAUUAGUGAGUUUAGCAGCAACAGUCUAUUUGGAGCGACCAUGAACAAGGAAAACCGUGUCGUCUGCAUACAUUACGCACUCAGCUUCGGAACAAACAAUGGGCAAAUCGUUGAUAUAAAGACUAAAUAAAGGGGGGCCUAAUAUUGAUCCCUGGGGGACUCCAGAGGUUAGCCUAAGCGAUUGUGUUCGAUCAUGCAGAUAUGAUUCAAUCCAGCUCACAGCUUUGCGAGAGAAGUUAAAUUUUGAGAGCUUGGUAAGAAGAACAGAGUGAUUUACUGUAUCGAAAGCCUUACUGAGGUCCAAGAACACCGCCCCUACAACUCCACCCUUGUCGAGAGAAGAUUUUAUUUUCUCAAUGAAGAGGCAUGUAGCCAUUUCAGUGGAAUGCUUGGAUCUGAAAACAAACUGCAUGGCGUGGAGAGAGGGGGAGCUGCUGUUUAAGUAAUGGACAAUCUGCUCUGACACCCAUUUUUCUGCAAUUUUGGAAAUGGCCGGAAGAAUGCUUCUAGUUCAGAGAAGUUGAGUCACCGAAUUUAAAGACAGGGGUAACAAUAGCAGAUUUCCAGGCCUUUGGAAGGUGACCAGAUGAAAUUGAAAGAUUGAUGAUUGAGGCAAUAGGAAUAGCAAGAGUUGAACCAAGAUCUUUGAGCAUGUUCGUGACCAUUCCAAAAACAUCCUUUGCCUUAGAUGGUUUGAGUGAAUGAAUUAAAUCGAUAACUUUGGUCUCAUUAAUAUUUGUAAUAGUAAAGAACUGCGUUGCAGACAAUGCAGGGUAUUCCUUCCUUUGUUUUACUGCAAACAUAGCAGAGGUUAUUGACACAGAUUCAAUGAAAUAGUUGUUAAAAGCAUCAGCCAUCACUUGAGGUUCCGUCAGGAUGUUUCCAUUUAAUUUAAUUUGCAUUAGUUUUGUUUUGUUAUUUUGUGUAUCACCCAAUAGUUUUUUAAAAUAAUUCCAGGUUAUUUUAGAAUUUCCCUUUGCACUAUUCAAAGCAGUAAUGAAAAAGUCAGCUUUAGAUUUUCUUAUUUCUUUCACUACCCUAUUUCUCAUUGAAAUAAAUUGGUGUCUAUUGUAUCCUGAUUUGACCGACAACUUCAAGGAAUGAUCUCUUUCUUUCAUCAGUUUCAGAAUAAAUUUGUUUAACCAAGGAAGGCCAUUCUUUCUAGCUUUUAGUUUAAUUAUCCGUGUAAAUUGUAUAAUAAUUGUUUGUAUUUUUUGGGCAAAUUUAGAACAAUCCUCAUCCAACUUUUUGCCAGCGAGUAAUUCCUCCCAGUUUACUUCUUGGAUAGAAUCUUGGAAAUUUGGUUGUUCAUGUUUUGGUAUCCUAUAGGAUUCAGUGGUGGCCAAGGAUUUGAAGCGCUUUUGUUAAAUCAAUUGUAGAAGUUAUCAUUUAUUUGCUUAGCUUGCAUUAGUAUUAUGGACGAUUUUGAUGGUUGCUUGCUGACCGUGGUGGAAAGGAAGAUGUCUCGCCUUCUGGAAGACGUCAGAGAAGGGCGCCUUGACCAAGGAUGUGGCCGGGUGUUGGUCUCAUGUCUUCACCUUGAAACCCUCCCCUUAGUGUGUUAUGUCUUGUAACUUAGUAUGUUAUGUCUUGAAACUUAGAUACCGCCCUAUUUCCAAUAAAUACAGGAGCAACGGGGGAGAUUGUUUAGAGUGUGAGAGCUGAGUACUCAAAUAGGGAAGGUGAGCAAAAGUCUGAUAACGGAACGGGAGCAGAUGUGAAGAUUCUGAAAACGCUUGCUGGUCAGUGAAGAAAAAAGACACCAACCCGUUGAGUGAGAUCCCAGCAGAAUGGCACACUCGCGUUGGUUACGAGAUUCGAUAGGUUGUUACGUAGCAACUUUAGCUACUAUGGUGUUGGUUUUGUUUAUGUGGUAUAUGGGAAGUCCCACCCUAAAUGAUACCAACUGAGAGGUGUAAAUCAUGGGAUCCUAUAUAUCCCGUAACAAAAAAAAAGCACCAAUGUUGUUGUCAAAUCUAGAACAUAGACAAAAAAGAGAUUUAUCCUGGCAGGGGCAAAAUGAUCCAACAUAAAGCAUACAUCGACGCCAUAGGUGUUCCUCGUGGGGUUCCUAAUCAAUACAAAUUAGCUGACCAAGUUGCAGGAGGAUUUGAGUCCCUCAUAUGCUGGUGGUGUACGAUUAAUAAAAAUGUUGAUGGGAUAAACUAUAUCCACUUCAAUGUACAGAGAUUAGGAAAUUGGACUCAGAGUGGGUUGGAAGCUGUGCAUGAGCAGCUCAAGGCUACCUCUAUAAUGACGUUCCAAAACCGCAUAGCUGUCGACAUGCUCCUCGCAAGAGAGGGAGGUGUUUGCGGUAUGUUUGGAGAACAAUGUUGUACAUACAUUCCAAACAAUACUGCUUCAGAUGGCAGCUUGACCAGAGCCAUCGAUGGUCUACGGACCCUCAAUCACAAGCUGAAGAACCACUCUGGUGUAGACACCUCCUUGUGGGACAGCUGGAUGGACGUUUUUGCUAAAUACAAAACCCUAAUUUCACCAAUAUAUUUCACCAAUAAAUUGCUGUUUUUGCAGCCCUUCUGACAUUGUGUGGAUGUUGUUCGGGCUUUAAUCAGUAGAUUAAUAACCACAGCCAUUACCCCCAUGGAGAACCGUAUGGAGCAGAUGUAUCCUUUACUGGUUGUUGAUAAUGACGAUGAUGAUGAUGAUUUUGCUUUACCUGAUUUGUUUCCUGAUCCAGGUGAUUACUAUGUUUAAACUACAACAUUCAUGUAUGACAAGAUUACUCUGAGUGUAAAUGUAUUUGUUUCAUAAAAAUGAUUCUACAGUUAAAAAUCGAAAUGAAGUGACUGUAAGAUGAUAUGAGAAUUUGUGCAAAUAUAUGAUAAACAGGAGGGAAAUGUUAAAUAAAUUGUAGAAGUUAUCAUUUAUUUGCUUAGCUUGCAUUAGUAUUAUGGACGAUUUUGAUGGUUGCUUGCUGACCGUGGUGGAAAGGAAGAUGUCUCAGGAGCAACGGGGGAGAUUGUUUAGAACGUGAUAGGAGAAUGAAAUUGAACUCCCAUACGUCCUCCUCAUGAGCAAAAAUAA